GGGCAACCAAUAUCACCAUGUUAAAUAUGGCUAAAAAAAUAACUUAUACAUAGCCAAUUCUAAUUUGAGUAGAAGAGAGUGACAGUGAAAUAAUGGGUUCUAAGGAAUCAGAAGAGAAAGAUUACAAUAACAGUAAACCUCAUGCUGUAUGCAUUCCCUAUCCAAGUCAAGGCCACAUCAAGGCAAUGCUGAAAUUUGCAAAGCUACUUCACCACAAGGGCUUCUACAUAACCUUUGUCAACACCGAGUUCAACCACAAUCGCUUCCUCAAGAACCACCACUCCUUCUCCUCCUCUUCCUCGCCCAGAUUUCGCUUCGAGACGAUUCCCGAUGGUCUGCCGCCGGCGGAUCAAGCACCAGAUUCGACCCAGGACGUCCCUUCUCUUUGCGAUGCCACUAGAAAGAACUUUUUGGGUCCAUUCCUUGAGCUCCUCAACAAACUUGAAAAGCAAAGUAAAAGUAGUGGCAAGGAUGUUCCUCCUCCUGUGAGUUGCAUUAUUAGUGAUGGAGUCAUGACAUUUGCUAUUAACGCUGCUCAACAGCUUAGAGUUCCUGUGGUUCAGUUCUUCACUCUUGCUGCAUGCACCGUUAUGGGCAUCGCCCAGUACCGCACUUUACUCGACAAAGGAAUUGUACCCCUAAAAGAUGAGAAUAGUUUAACAAAUGGUUUCUUAGAUACAAGUAUGGAGUGGAUUCCUGGAAUGAAAGGUCUCCGAUUUCGAGAUCUCCCCACAUUUUGUAGGAUCACAGAUUCUAAUGAUAUAAUGUUUAUUUGGACCAUGGAAGCAAUCGAAAGAGCUUCAAAAUCAUCGGCUGUUGUUAUCCACACAUUUGAAGCAUUGGAACGACGUGUUUUGGGUGCUCUUUCCUCCUCUUUGUCACUUCCAAAUAUAUAUCCAAUUGGACCUCUCCAACUUCUACUUGAUCAGUUACCAGAAGACCCUCUAAACUAUGUUCCCUACAGUCUUUGGAAGGAAGAACCUGAAUGCAUAAAAUGGCUUAGUACUCAAAAUCCUAAUUCGGUGAUUUAUGCUAAUUUUGGAAGCAUUGCUGUCUUGACAAAGCAACAAGUGGUUGAAAUUGGUUGGGGUCUUGCAAAUAGCAAUCACCCUUUUUUGUGGGUGAUUAGGCCUGACUUGGUUAUAGGUGAAUCAGCUAAUCUCCCACCUGAGUUUUUGGACCAGACCAAGGGAAGAAGCCUCAUUAUAAAUUGGUCCCCACAAGAGGAUGUGUUAAACCACCCCUCACUAGGGGGAUUUUUAACUCAUUGUGGUUGGAAUUCAAUUGUGGAGAGCUUGACUAGUGGGGUUCCUAUGAUUUGUUAUCCUUACUUUGCUGACCAACAAACCAAUUGUUGGUUUGCUUGUAAUGAUUGGGGAGUUGGAAUGGAAAUUGAGAAUGAGGUAAAGAGAGAUCAGGUGACAAAGCUAGUUAAGGAGUUACUCGAGGGAGAAAAGGGUAAGAAAAUGAAGAGGAAGGCAAUGGAGUGGAAGAAAUUGGCCUACGAGGCCACUGUUCCACAUGGGAGUUCGUCUACAAAGUUGGAGGAUUUGGUCAAUCAAGUGCUCUUGCAAAAAAUUGAUUGAUGAUAUAUAUUAUAGGAUAAAGAUAUUGUUCCUUGGUGUUUGGUUUUUUUUUUCAAAAUAAAAAGCUGAUUUAUGUAAUAUUAUUUUAUGUUUGUUGGUGUUGUAAUUUAUUUACAUGAACUUAUUGCGAGUGUGAGAACCUAAGUUAUCUUUUUUGGAACAAUACAAUUUAUUAAAGAAUUAUUUGUUAUUAUA